UGAAAUGUCAAAUUUACCGACGGUCGGCAAAGCUGAAAUUAACAAUUUUUGCAUCUCGGUAAAAAUUAGAUUCUGAUUUCUGUUAAAUGUUUUGUGUAUUAUGUGGAUCUUUGUAAAAGUAAGUGUCAAAUGCAGUUAAAAACAAAGGAUCUCAUACAAAUAUGCUAAAAUGAUUCCAUUAAAAGAUAAUCAAGAUGUUGCAUCAUUUCUUGUCACCAAACACUCGUGGAAGGGGAAGUAUAAAAGAGUGUUUUCUAUUGGAACUCAUGGUAUCACAACCUAUAACCCAGAUAGAUUAGAAGUAACUAAUAAAUGGUUGUAUUCUGAUGUAGUUACAAUUUCUUCAUCAAAGCAUUCUAACUCUACAACUAAUCAUGACUUUACUCUGGUUAUGAAGAAGGAAAAGAAAAUAGAUUCUAUGAAAUUUUCCUCUGAACAUAAAUGUCUUAUUCUAACAGAAGCUUUUAAAUAUAGAAACCAGUUUGCUGAAAAACCAAAGGAUGUAUAUAGAUAUCAAGCUUAUAAACACCAUUGGAGUGGCACUCGUCUACCUAUUGUGCUUGAAGUAGGACCCUGCUCUCUAGAACAACUGGAUCCAUCUACGCACACAUUACUUGCCAGCUACCCAUAUAAUGAUAUCCAAGGAAUACUACCUGUUAAAGAUGUUCCCGGUGGUUUUGUGAUAGCUCUUGGGGGAUAUAGUCGCUUACACAUGUUCUCCAAUGUAAUGGAUCAUCAAGGAAUUGUAAAUAAGAUGUUGGAAAUGGCAAAUCUUACACUCAAUAUAAGCAUUAAAGUUCUAUCAGCCAUGAUCACACUUGAUGACUGCCACAAUCAGAGAUUUGGAAAGUAUAGUGGCGACCAACAUCAGACAUCUUUGAGUGAAUUUUUAGUACAUAAAGUGAAUCCUGCCAGACACAUGGAACCAAUGCGGCGCACGUUAUGUCUAUCUGAUACUUGUAUUUUGGAAAGAGAUCCACAAACUUAUUCUGUGGUUUGUUUGCGACCGUUAAGUGACGUAUUUGCACUGGUACGAGACCCUGAUCAUCCACAAAAGUUUUCUAUUGAGUAUUUAAACGGACAAAUGAGAACAUAUCUCGCAGGAGAAAGAGAUGCAUUGCUAGCGUCACUACUAGACGGUGUACGUGGCUCCGGUCAACGGGACGUACACGUACGUAUGACGCGUACGCCGCGCGGCUAUCGAUUGGGCCCGUUACAUCAGCCCGUUGAUGAGGAAACGGAGUCAAAUCAUUUGCGGCUUUUCCAAAAUCCAGUGGGUAUGUCACGAGUGGAAGUAAUUGAACGUUUCAACUCAAACAUUGGAUACAGCGGCCUCAUAUACUCAGUCAGUCAAGACGCUCGUCCCGUGUUGUGGCUGUUUCUUACCUGGGAUCUUCGUCUCUUUUCGGAGAACAAAGAAAAGUUAAUAACUGGUGCACUGACGGCGUUGGUCAGUAGUGCGCCCUCUGGGUCUAAUCUUACGCCGCGUGAAUUGGAAGCACAGUUUCAUGCACUAAGACGAUUGUGCGCUAGUAAAGUUGGGUUCGCUGCGUUUACUGCGUUGCCUGGUUUUCGCGAAUGGAUAGGCAGUGCCGUUGUAUCUGCAUUGAGACGCGAAUCUGCCGCGUGUUCGCACGCUGCUUUAGAAGCUGUAUGUGCACUCUUGCAACCGAUGCACGCAGAACCCGAUCUGAGACAGGAACAGCUAAAUAAAGCCAGUAUGCUUUCCUCUCAGCCAUUCCUGGAGGGACUACUAUCUAUGUGGGCACAGCAUAUUACUGCAGGUAGCGGAGCCCUUGUAGUAGGAGCAAUGUUGGAUUUCCUUACGUUCGCGCUAUGCGUGCCAUACAGUGAGACUACAGACGGAAAACAGUUUGACCAGCUUCUGGAAAUGGUCGCUACAAGGGGACGGGUUAUAUUUAGACUUUUUGAGCACCCGUCUCAUGCGAUAGUGAAAGGUGCUGGACUAGUAACGAGGGCGUUAGUCGAAGAAGGCAGCGGUGGAGUUGGAACCAGGAUUCAAGGCUUGGCGUUAGCCGAAGCGGCCCUGCCCAGACAUUUGCUAACAGCUCUAUACGACCAGACCAGACCGCGGCAUGGCAACCUGGCCAGAUUACACCAUAGACAUUUGGCACGACAUCUGGUUGCGUUGUGGCUGGUUGAUCAUCCACCUGCAGCGGAUUUGUUGAGGAGAAUCAUGCCAUCAGGUCUUCUAGCGUUUCUGGAAUCGGCUGAUGCUCCACCAGCGGCUGUGUUGGAGGAGGAAGCAUUGCAGGAGCGAGAUAACUUACAAUUGGCUCAGGCGGUGACGAAACCGCGGACGGGCAAACAUUGGGACGCUGUCAAGUACGUGGAGAAACAUUUGGAGCAUUACGCAUCAAUGGCUCUGCAGCACUGGGCCCAAAGGGCUCGCAGUACGGACCCUCGGAAGGAAAUACAAGCGCGUCCCGUGGUAUUGCGCAGACGCAGGGAACGACUCAAAUCAACUGCUAAUUGGCCGUUAUUCUACUACCAGUUUCAUAAGGAUCAUGCUCUGCCUAAUCUCAUUUGGAAUCAUACCACAAGAGAGGAACUUCGGAAUGCACUUGAAAAAGAGCUCCGUGACUUCACGGCUGAUAGAGAAGUAGCUGGAACUACUCUCACGUCCUGGAAUCAUGCCGAGCUGGAAGUGCACUACCAGUGCCUUCAGAAUGAGGUCAAAAUUGGUGACUACUAUUUGAGGAUACUUCUGGAACAGAAGGAUAAUGAUGACAGUCCUAUACGGAAGUCGUACGAAUUCUUCAAUGAUCUCUAUCACCGGUUUUUGUCAACCCCAAAAGUGGAAAUGAAAUGUAUGUGUUUGCAAGCGAUGACUAUUGUGUAUGGGCGGUACUACGAGGACAUAGGCCCAUUCGCUGAUACUAAAUACAUCGUCCAAAUGUUAGAUAGAACAUGCGAUAGAAUGGAGAGGGAUAGACUGGUUCAGUUCCUAGCGAAAUUAAUAUUACAUAAGAAGAAUGUUAGUGAAAUUUUAGAAUGGAAUGGUAUACGAAUUCUAGUUGACCUCAUGACUUUGGCCCAUUUACAUACAUCACGCGCAAUGGUGCCAACACAAUCAAACGUCAUCGAAGGCCCAGCGCAGACGAGCGAUGGAGAUAGAGAGUGGUAUUAUAAUCUGGAGAAAGGAGAGAAGGUCGUCAGAAAGGGGCCUGUUAGUUUUCAACAGCUAAAAGAUCUAUACAAAUCAGGGGAAAUCAACAACAAGACAAAAUGCUGGGCCAACAGCAUGGAAGGUUGGAGGGCAGUUGCUGGUAUACCACAACUCAGAUGGAGCAUCGCCGCUCGGGGACCACCGGCCCUCACGGAGACGGAGUUGGCAGCGACUGUACUUGACUUACUUAUAACCUGCUCCAAGUAUUAUCCUAGCAGAGAUGAUGAAGACGCAGUAAUAAGACCUCUUCCGAGGGUGAAGCGGCUGUUAUCGGAACCGGCUUGUUUGGCGCACGUCGUACAACUCUUAUUGACAUUUGACCCUAUACUUGUUGAAAAGGUGGCAACACUCCUAUACGAAGUGAUGCAAGACAACCCAGAAAUUUCGAAGCUUUACCUCACCGGAGUAUUUUACUUCAUGUUGCUCUAUACUGGUUCCAAUUUAUUGCCGAUCGCCCGGUUCUUGCGACUUACGCAUAUGAAGCAAGCUUUUAGAGCAGAUCAGUCGACAUCAGAUAUAAUGCAGAGAUCGAUUCUUGGUCAAUUAUUGCCUGAGGCGAUGGUCUGUUAUCUGGAGAAUCAUGGCUCUGAGAAGUUCGCCCAAAUCUUCUUGGGCGAGUGGGAUACGCCUGAGGCAAUAUGGAACUCCGAAAUGAGACGCAUGCUUAUAAUGAAGGUGUCAGCGCACAUAGGGGAAUUUACGCCGCGGCUAAGAGCACACAUAGCGGCCCGUUACCCGUACUUGGCGAUUCCAGCUGUCAGAUACCCUCAACUCAGUCACGAGUUGUUCUGCAAUAUGUUCUACUUGCGCCAUUUGUGCGACGAGCACAAGUUCCCGGAUUGGCCAAUACCGGAUCCGGUGGGUCUUCUAAAGGACGUGUUAGAAGCGUGGCGUCGCGAGGUAGAUAAAAAGCCAGCGUCGAUGACAGCGGAACAAGCGUAUAUGGUGCUGGGGCUAAUUGGGAGUGGGCCACAUGAUGAAGCGGCUGUUCGGAAAGCAUAUUACAAAUUGGCUCAGCAGUAUCACCCUGAUAAGAACCCCGAAGGGCGGGAUCGUUUUGAGGCCGUGAAUCACGCGUACGAGUUCCUCUGCAGUCGCAACGUGUGGUCGGGUGACGGACCGAACACGAAUAACAUUCUGCUCAUAUUACGCACUCAGACCAUAUUAUUCAAGAGAUAUUCUGAAGUACUAGCCCCAUACAAAUACGCGGGUUACAAACAACUCCUGCGCACCAUGCAGUUGGAGACAGAGGGUGAGCAAUUGUUCGCGGAACAAGAUGCAUCUGUGGCCCUGUUGCCCGCCGCUGCGGAACUUGCGCAUGCGACUGUACACUGUUCCGCAUUGAAUGCGGAGGAAUUGUGCCGCGAGGAUGGCUUGCAGGUUCUAAGUUCAGCUCUAUCUCGCUGUGUAUCAGUGUUGGGCGGAAGUAAAGCGGACAGUACAGCGGCCCGCGUGUGCGCGCAUUGCGCCCGUAGCUUCGCUGUUGCCGCCGGUUUUCCUUCUUGUCGGGCUGCUGCUGCUGCUCUGCCAAAUCUUGCUGGAGAUCUAGUGCCAUUGCUCAAACGGCCGCAAUUGGGUGAUACGGCAUGCGCGGGCGCAGAAGCCGUAGCGGCGUUAUCAGCAGAACCGACGUGUCGCGUUUUACUGGCGAAGGCCGGUGCUGUUCACGCGCUGUUGCUGCCCGUUCUGCAGUACGACUACACGCUCACCGAAAGUGGUAUGGACACGGAAAAAGCGGCUAGCAAACAGGAGAUCGCUAACCGCCUAGCCGUACAAUGUGUACGCGCAUUGUCCGCGUUAUAUGGACCUCACGAAGAGACUUCCGCAAUGGACGACAAUGUUAAAGAAGCCCUACAUCUUCUCCUGACACCAUACCUUUGCUCCAAACUUGCCAAUCCUGAUUCGCAUGAGCUCCUAAAAACCCUAACAUCCAACUGGAGAACGCCAUAUCUUGUAUGGGAUAACAGUACAAGGGCAGAACUGCGAGAGAUGCUUCGCGAUUAUCGCUACUUUAGUGAUGAUGAACCUCUUAUAACACCAUUCGAAUAUUCUGCCCAUGAGCGUUUGUUACUUGUCGGCGGGGUCUACUUGCACAUAUACAACGAGCAGCCAGAGUUUACUAUUGAGAAUCCUCAACAAUUCGUUUUAGACUUGUUGAAGUUCGUAGAAGGCGAAAUACGAAAAGACUUGACUGCUGAAAGAGCAGAACAUAUAACCCUCGCGUUGAAUUCGCUCGCCCACUGUGUUAUCAAGAAUCCAGGCGUAGAAAUACAAUGCAACGGCCAGUUCGGUUUAAUCUUCGGCCUUUUAUCUGCUCGGUCCCACCCACCUGUUUGCAUUGCGGCCCUCCGCUGCGUCUCGGCUACGGCUGGUUGCCGCGAGUGCGUCGAAGAUGUUGCCGCUAGCGGCCUUUUGGGACAUUUGUUGCCGCUCCUUGUGGCCUCGCAACAGGUUGAGGCCGUGACCGCAUUGUCCGCUUUGCUUGCCAGUACUGCGCUUGUUAGAGAGGCGUUGGCAAAAGGGGCUGUGAUUUACCUUCUUGACCUCUUCUGCAAUAGCAAGUUACCAGAGAUGAGAGAGGCUGCUAUAGAUUUGUUAGCUAGAAUGAUGUCUGACAAGUUGCAUGGACCUAAGGUCCGCCUAAGUAUAUCCCGGUACAUCCCUGGCGUGUUUGCCGAAGCCAUGCGGGAAGCGGGGGGAGUGAGUGCCGUUCACAUGUUUGACGCUAGUCACGAGCAUCCAGAACUUGUGUGGAGCGACGAAUCAAGACAGCGGGUUCGGCAUCACGUUGCCCAGCUGAGAGAUCAACACUUCUCAAGACAAGUCCGCGAUCCGUCCGUUCACUUUGAAGACCGUGAAGCAAAUGACAGAAACGAAGUACGAUGGGCGCCCCCUGGUGAAAUCGUAGUCGGAGAUGUAUAUCUCAAACUCUAUCUACAGAAUCCCCAUUGGUCCCUACGAAGCCCCAAGAGGUUCCUACAGGAACUGCUCAGCGAAACUGUUACGGCAUUGGCUAAGGAUACUUCAGAGGGCAGUCGCGGUGACAUAUGCGCGAAGGCUUUAGCGGUGUUGGUCCGAUCUCAGCCGACGUUGGCGGAGGCUUGUGCGCAGUUGGGCGAAGUGCCGAGACUCACCCGCCUGCUCACUUCGUGUCCGAUACACGCCGUGCCCGUACUGGCUGCUUUGGCUAAUUCACAGGCUUGUGUAGCGGCGUUGUCCCAAACUGAAGUGAUGUCGGGGCUUAAGACGGCUGUGAAGAGUUGUCGCGAAGUGGUCGGCGGUGUCUGUGAGGCGCUCGCUGCUAUAUUUAACAGCUCGGCUAACACCGAUAAACUAGUUUCGCAGGCUUUAGACUCCGACCUAAUAGGAGAGCUUCUAUCCCUUCUAGAAAGUGGUAUAGAAGGUGAAACAGCGGCAAGACUAGUGAACGCACUCAAAGCGAUGGCCCGUUCGAACGUGUACGGAGAACGCGUACGUACGACGCUCGCUAGAUCACGUAUAUGGGAACAGUAUUCUGCGCAGAAACACGAUCUGUUUAUUACGUCUGUGCCUAAUCAACAUUCGCUUACAGCCGCCCCUCAUUCAGCGGGUUACUUGACAGCCCCGCCCGUCAACAUUCCUGCACAGCCACCGCCCAUAGACUGACGUACGCACGUCUCACUUCUGGCGCAUCCUCUCUAGUACGCUUUAUCCUACUAAUAUGUUUAUUAAAAUAUUUAGAAGACGACUGAUUUGGAUUGAUUUUUAGUAAAUACGGCUACCGUCAUUUUGAGUAUAUGUAUUCGGACAACAGACACGUAAUAUGAGUUGAUUUCAUAAUCACGUGCUUUAGUAAAAUUUAGUAUUUCAUUUUUUUUCAUAUUAAAUUUUUAAAAAUAUUAAUCGAUUAAAAUUAUUAGUUUUACAAUUCGAUAUUUUAGAUGUUAAAGUUUCAUAUUUCGCCGACUUUUUGUUAGAAUCCACUCAUGUUCAGGCAGGCUUUUUAAUUUUAAAUAAGUGCUAUAAUGAACGUUUCAAUGCAGUAAAAUAGAUUUAUCAAAACAUACUCUGUUUUAGUGUAUGGUCCGGCUGGUUAUUUUUAUAUUCUCUUCAGUUGUAACGAUAUCAAAAUUUACUAAAUCAUAUUUAAGUGUAUUUAUAACGAUUAUAUUUUGGAAUAGCUAAUAUAAUUGACUGUCUUUUGUCAUUAAUAUUGAAGUCAACGUUUUAAAGAAAUCCUAGAAAUUUUGUUGAGUACUUAAUAUGUACACAGUUUUAUAUAGAAUAAACAUCAUUAUAUACAUAAAUUUAUUUUAUUUAGAGUACAUCACAUCGUAAAAUACAUGAUUGUAAUGAAAUAUCACAAAGGUCCAUGGUAUAGGACCUUAAUCAAAGUAUUUUUAUCAAUAAAAAAUUGUUUUUGUAAAAUACACUGUAAACUCUAUAUAACGUCAAUCGAAAGAUAGUUUGCAAAUUUUGACACUUACACCAAGUUGUCGUUAAAUGGAAUAGAUAUAUUAGAAUUUAUUUCAGACUAGUUUUAUUAAUUACAUAAAACACAAUUAUUUUUUGAAUGCUAUUGCUUAUAGUCUGUUAUUUUCGACUGACUUCUUUUGCUGCGCUAGAAAUUAUGUUGUUUUUUUACUCAUUUUAUUAAUAUCUUGCGAUCUUUGUGAUAAAGCAUGUUCAAGUAAUCCCAAAUCGUAAACAACAUCGGAUUUCUUAGAAAGUUCGGUACUUUUGAUGCCUGUAGUCGAGUUUAUUAAGGACUAGGACAUCAAAGCGACAAAAUAACGUACCCAGCUCCGCCGUUUUAACUAAUUUUUUCGACGCUUUUGUGGGAUUUGUUGUUAAAUCGAGACAUGUUACAUAGAGUUUACACUGUAUUAUUAAAAUCAGUUAUGGCGGUCGAAAAAUCUAUAAUUAAAUAUUUCAUAAUUUCGUUAUAGAUUUAUUGGUAUAACAUUGUUAUAGAUAAUAUUUGCAGGCACAUAAAAAUCUAAAUUUACGGUCUACACAUUGAAAUAGUUUCAUAUUAAUUAAUACACAAAACAAUGACUUUCUACUAAAUUGUACACGUGCAUAUUCAAUUUCAAACAUUAAAAAACAAUAAUUGAAGUGAUAUAUUUAACAGCAUUACUUAUUAAAUAGAUAUAAAUAUGUAAAUAAAUUACGAUUUUCAAUUAAUAUUAGUAGUUGCAAGACUUUGGCGUCGAUUUUUUAAUAAAGGGUAUUGAGAUUGUACAACUCUGACAGGCGGAAAGGCGCAAACAUUGAAUCCCCUAUGUCCAAUAAGUUUUGGAAUACAGGAGACGAUACAGAUACCGGCAAACAUCUUGAACAAAUGGCCUGCGCAAAAGCGAUUUUUAGAGGGGGGGGGGGGAGUGACGUGUAGAUCGCGGGAUUCGUAAAUCAGUUGAUAUUUGUGUCCUGCGCUGCGAUGCGCAAACUUUGCCCCACUCCCUUGAUUAAUGCUCAAGAAGUUUGCCGGUAUCUUUGUACCUUUGAAUACCUUAUAAACUUGUUAUGUGAUACAUGUAAAUAUUUGCCUGAGCAAGUUAAAUUCUAAUCUUACGCAGACCUUGGAGUAUGUUGGCCUGAGCUAAGGCUGAGUACGCUCCAUAAUUUUUCAGCCAAUAAACGAUUAAUAUAGAUAACAGUUACUGCCAGUAUAUAAGAUAUAACAACGCGCGAACUUAUUGUUUUUUAAUCCAGUACAUUUGUGAGAAGUCGUCGUGUAUUUCUUAUUGUAAUUUUAAUGUUAUAGUAAUAAUGUCAUUAUUUAAUCAUUGUUUCUUUUGAAGAGGUCUAAAUGUUUUAAUUAAAAUUAUAUUAUCAGUGCUUUGGAAAUCAUAUCACUAUAUAAAUUACAUGUAUUAUUAGUAUGUAUGAGAGUUUUAUGUAUUACUUUUCGCAAAGUUGUCUAUUACCGCAAAUAAGUAAAUGAAAUCAUUUGAAAAUUUAUUUUGGGUUCUUAGAUAAUAUACUUGAAACCGAUCAACCUGCAUUGAAACUAAAAAGUGAACAUUUUAUCUUAUCGUGAAAUUCGUCUUAUUCGACGUAUAUUUAAAGUACAUAUCUAAAAAAAUACAGUGUUAUCAGUUUUAUGUAACGAUCGCAUAAGAAUUUUAUUUCUAAAUUGUCAAUGCAACAAUGUUAUAAUAAUAAUUUAUUGUAACAUAACAUCUAAUUUUUUUAAAUAUACGAAUUUUAAAUAAAUGAAUACAAAUGGUUAUCGGCCGGAAUAACAAGAUAAUUAAUUGAGAGAAGCGCAACGUGCUGAAAUAUAUAAGUUUAGAAUGAUCGAUCGAUAUUUUUUUAUAGAUUAAAGAUUUAUCAUAUAACAAAUAUAUAUGUCAUACAUCUGACAAAAAAAACGUGUAAAGAUGAGAUUUCUGUACAUACUCAUAAGAUCUCCUUAAUUUGCUUGCAAUUAAUUUUAACAUAUUAUCUAGGACAAAAUUAGCUUACGACAGGCUUUACCUAAACUAAAAGAAUUGGUUUGUUGUUAGUGCGCUGACGCCUGUCACAGAUUUCUUUUUCUUGCCAUCGCUAAAAAUUAAUUUGAUAAUACUACAUUUUAGUUGCAAACCCAUUAGAAAUUGUAAUAAAUACUUUUUUUUUGUUAAUUGUAUGUUGCUUCUCGCUAUAUGUGUGAUAUUAUUAUGUUUAACAAUUUAGUGCUUAGUUAUAUCUAGCAUAAGAUCGUAUGGGUUCUCUGAUUGAUCCUAUCUUACAUUUGUGCAACGAAUUUUCUUAUGGCGCCAUCUGUUCGACCUCAACUGCAAGAUUUAGCCGGAACUGUCCAAUGUCAAUACUUAAUCGUUUCAAUUGAAUUAUAAUUGUCUAUGAUUUAUAAAUUCGUUUUUUAUAUAACAAAUGGGCCGGAGCCUCAUCUGAUGUUGAGUCAUACCGCCGCCCAUGGACACUUCGGAAAUCUCGCGAAUGCGUUGCCAGUCUCUUAAGAAUUAGUAUGCUCCUUUUCUUGAUGAGGCCUAAUUCAAAUUGCUGCAGUAAUACCUCGACGGGUUGCUGGUUCCACAUAGUAAAUGUGCGCGGUAAUGAGUGCCUUAGGAAACGCUCAAAUGUGGAACAACGGACAUCGAGGUUAUAGGCCUCGCCUCUGCCUCGAUGUCCGAUGAUAAAAUGAUGGUUUAAAGGAAACGUUUUGUUUAUUCAAAAUUGAGAUAAUAUUAAAAGUUUUUUUAAUGUUGGCAUUCCAUAUUGACAAUUGACCUGUUCGUUUAUCGUUGCACCAUUAAGGAAAUAUAAAAACAUCGCAAACGAUAGCAUAACCGUCAAAGCAAGACUGACACAACAUUUUUGUGCAUUGCAACACUAACACUCAUUCGCGGCAAAUCAAAGUAUUAAUGAAGCAGUCUUGUUAAAGUCAUAAGGCUCUGUUGUAAAACACGUUUGAUUUUGUUGCUUAAGAAUUUGUAUUCGUGUAAAUAUGUUUAAAGGAUUAGAAGGGUGAUAAAGGACGCCGGAAGAACCUAUGUUCUAUGGAAUGAUAUUUAAUAUUUUUAUAUGUAGAUUUAAGGAAUAUCAAUGUAUAGUAAUAUAUUAAACGAUAAUUGUAA